AUGGCCAACUCAGGCCUCCAGCUCCUGGGCUACUUCCUGGCCCUCGGUGGCUGGGUGGGCAUCAUCGCCAGCACGGCCCUCCCGCAGUGGAAGCAGUCCUCCUACGCGGGCGACGCCAUCAUCACGGCCGUGGGCCUCUACGAAGGGCUCUGGAUGUCCUGCGCCUCCCAGAGCACCGGGCAGGUGCAGUGCAAGCUCUAUGACUCACUGCUCGCCCUGGAAGGUCACAUCCAGUCAGCGCGAGCCCUGAUGGUGGUGGCCGUGCUCCUGGGCUUUGUGGCCAUGGUCCUCAGUGUGGUCGGCAUGAAGUGCACUCGGGUUGGAGACAGCAACCCCAUCGCCAAGGACCGCAUCGCCAUCUCUGGGGGUGUCCUCUUCCUCCUGGCAGGCCUCUGCACGUUGACAGCCGUCUCGUGGUAUGCCACCCUAGUGACCCAGGAAUUCUUCAACCCCAGCACACCUGUCAAUGCCAGGUACGAGUUUGGCUCGGCCCUGUUCGUGGGCUGGACGUCCGCCGGCCUGGCCAUGCUGGGGGGCUCCUUCCUCUGCUGCACGUGCCCGGAGCCUGAGAGAUCCAACAGCAGCCCGCAGCCUUACCGGCCUGGCCCCUCGGCUGCCGCCCGAGAACCAGUUGUUAAGUUGUCCGCCUCCGCCAAGGGCCCCCUGGGUGUGUAAUGUCCAGGUCCCCAAUCUGACUCUGUCCCCCCGGCCACACUUACGCUGUGUGUUUGGUAUUGUUUGGAAAGAGAAGUGAACAUCCAGCUCCAACUGUGGUGUCAUUUGAUGUGCCCCUGGCAUGGCCACGGUGGGUCUUGGCUCGGAGAGGUCAGAGCUGGUCCCUGGGGUCUUUGGGCAGCAAGACGGGGAGACAGACCUGCAGGGUGGGUUACAUGGCACAUCCGGUGCCGA